AUGUGGUUCAAGCACGGUGGCCUUAAGCGUCUUGAGGACUUCAAGAUCCUCUAUGAUGGUCACUGGUCAGGCUCGGUUCCUGGCGGCAUCGCCAAAGGCCAGUUUAGCAACUUCACGUCAGACCUUUUGUUCGCUAUGGAGCGCCUCUCGACCAACCCUUACAUCAUUCGCCGUCUAAAUUACGAAAAGGACAAACUACCAUUCACUCUGGACGAUAAGACAGUCAGGAAGAUUACUGGAACUACUCUCGACUCACUUCUUAGGGACGGUCGUCUAUUCUUAGCCGACCACAGCUACCAGACAAAGUACGUCGCUCAACAAGGCCGAUAUUCGGCUGCGUGCCAAGCGCUGUCCUACCUUGACAAGCGCUCCGACCACUUUCUCCCCCUGGCCAUCAAGACCAAUGUCGGCGCUGAUCUUACAUACACCCCCUUGGACACGACUAAUGAGUGGCUGCUGGCCAAGAUUAUGUUCAACGUCAACGACUUUUUCCACGGUCAAGUUUAUCAUCUCCUCAACUCCCAUGACGUUGCUGAGAUUGUCUACCUGGCUGCUCUCCGCACGCUCAGCAGCCGCCAUCCUGUCCUUAACCUCAUGGAAAGGCUCAUGUACCAGGCUUAUGCUAUUCGACCCAUAGGCGACAGAGUGCUUUUCAAUCCGGGGGGCUUCUUUGACCAGAAUUUUGCUUUUUCAAAUGCAGCCGUACGCCAGUUCGGUACAGAGUUCUAUCCGACUGUCGCCGGUCCGUUCCAGUGGAAUUACUUUGAGGAUAACCUGCGGUCACGUGGCCUGUUACACUCGUCCUCCGGCCCGAAAAUUCCUCAUUUCCCCUUCUAUGAAGAUGGGAAAGAGAUUAUUGGAGUCAUCCGGAAAUUCAUUGAAGCUUUCGUUGAGGCAACCUACGCUUCUGACCGAGUGCUGGCCAACGAUUGGGAGUUGCAAGCAUGGAUUACCGAAUCCAAUGGUCAUCGACUUCCCAAUAGCGCCGCUGAGAAGCAAGCGCCGCUGAGAAGCAGGAAGCAGCUUAUUGAUAUUCUGACGCACAUGGCAUGGCUGACGGGUGUGUCACACCACGUCCUGAAUCAAGGUGAGCCCGUGACAGCGUCUGGCGUGUUACCACUUCACCCCCUUUCUCUGUAUGCACCUGUUCCUACCAAGAAGGGUCGUAUCGAAAGCCUCCUUCCUUGGCUGCCCAACGAGCAAAAGUCGGUUGACCAGAUCACUCUUCUCGCACGGUUCAACAGGCCUCUGGUUGUCGAGAGAAAUCAGACUUUACGGUACAUGUUCAACGCCGAAAGUCUUCUCGCCGGAACCAACAAGGCUGUGGCGGUGGCAAAUGACCGGUUCAUGAAAGACAUGGGUAGUAUCAGUAAGAAAAUCAGCGGGCGGCGCUUUGAUGGCGAGGGUUUAAGUCAGGGUAUGCCAUUCAUCUGGACUGGCAUGGACCCUGGAGUGAUUCCAUUUUACUUGAGUGUUUAG